AUGAGCGUUUUCGGAAAAAUUUUUGGCACUGGUAAGAAGCAAGUACCACCAGCUACACCACAAGAAUCAAUUCAGAAAUUACGAGAAACCGAAGAAAUGCUCGUUAAGAAACAAGAAUUCUUAGAAAAAAAAAUUGAAGCGGAGAUAGCGUCUGCUAAAAAACAUGGUACAAAAAAUAAACGAUUGGCUUUACAUGCUUUGAAAAGGAAGAAGCAAUUCGAGAAACAAUUGCAACAUAUUGAUGGUGUUCUUUCAACUAUAGAAUUUCAAAGAGAAGCAUUAGAAAAUGCAUCGACAAAUGCUGAAGUGCUACAAGUGAUGGGAUCUGCAGCUAAAGCUCUUAAAACUGCCCACAAUGAUAUGGAUGUUGAUCAAGUUCAUGAUUUGAUGGAAGAUAUCGCUGAGCAGCAAGAAGUUGCCAAUGAAAUUGCUGAAGCUAUAAGUAAUCCAGUUGGAUUCGGUCAUGAUAUAGAUGAAGAUGAACUCCUGAAAGAACUAGAGGAAUUGGAGCAGGAAGAACUUGACAAACAAUUACUGAAUGUUGGACCGACACCAGCAACUGUUUCGGGAUUACCUGAAGCACCAGUCGCAGAUUUACCUGUUGCUUCGAAGAAGAUUGCUAAAAAGCAGCAAGAAGAUGAUGAUCUUGCUGAGCUAGAAGCAUGGGCCAACGCAUAA